AUGUCGUUGCAGCUUGCAGAUAGAUCCACAAAACAUCCGAGGGGUAUAGCUGAAGAUGUUUUGGUGAAGGUGGAUAAAGAUAAGGAAAUGCCUCUCAUUUUGGGAAGACCAUUUCUGGCCAUCGGAAGAGCUCUCAUUGAUGUGCAAGAAGGAAAGUUACUAUUAAGAGUCCAAGAUGAAACAAUAACAUUCAAUGUUUUUGAGGCUAUGAAAUUUCCAUCUGAGUCGGAUUCAUGCUUUAGUGUAGACGUGGUGGAUGAACUAAUAGCAGAGCAAGGGAGUAAGAUAGUUAAAAAGUAUUCUACUCUAUUCAACUCAUUAGCUCGAUUUGCUCCUGUUAUGGUUGAUGCUCCUAUGGCGAGAAUAGAAAGAUUUGUAAAUUGCUUACACCCCGAGAUAGCCCGAGAUGUUAUGGCGGGUGCUCAGCCUCUACCGACAUAUCUUGAAGCCUUGAAUCGAGCACUACGGGCAAAAGUGUAUGUCAAUAGAGAUGUUCAGCAGUCCAAACCAGUGGUUGUAGCAAAUAAUCCUCUUUCAAAGCCACAAAAGAGUUGUGAUGAAGCCUUCUCCCUUACCAAAGAUAGUAAGAACAAGAAGAACUUUCAGCCUCAGACAAUUGGAGGAGCUAAUGCCAGAGUAUUCACUAUCUCCCAAAGCCAAGCAAAAGCCAACCCAUCAGCAGUCAAUGGUGUGCCUCCAGAAAGGGAAGUAGAAUGUUGUAUAGAGUUGGAUCUGGGUACCACACCAAUUUCAAAAGAUUCGUACAGAAUGGCUCCAGCAGAACUCCAAGAGUUAAAGAAGCAAUUUCAAGAGUUAUUAGAUAAAUGUUUUAUCAGACUGAGUCGUUCACCAUGGGGUGCUUCAAUUCUGUUUGUUAGGAAGAAGGAUGGAUUCCUCUUAAUGUGCAUAGAUUAUCGGGAGUUGAAUAAGGUGACAAUGAAGAAUAAAUAUCCAUUGCCUCGUAUCGAUGACUUAUUUGAUCAGCUAAGAUGUGCUUCAGUGUUCUCUAAAAUUUAUUUGAGGCCAGGCUACCAUCAGGUCAAAAUUGCAAAGAAUGACAUCCAAAAAACUCCCUUCCGAACUAGGGUUUUCCAUGACUAUCUAGAUAAGUUUCUUAUGGUGUUUAUAGAUGAUAUCCUGGUCUACUCUAAAACAAAUGAAGAACAUGAACAACAUUUGAGGUUUGUAUUGCAAAGAUUAAGGGAGAAGCAAUUGUAUGCCAAGUUCUCCAAAUGUGAGUUUUGGUUGGAUCGGGUAAUGUUUCUUGGUCACGUGGUUUCCAAAGAAGGCAUAUCAAAGGAUCCUAGUAAGGUAGAGGCAGUACUUGAAUGAAAAAGGCUAACAAUAGUGAAGAAAGUGAGCAGUUUUCUAGGCCUAGCUGGGUAUUACAAAAAAUUAGUGCAAGGGUUUGCUAAACUUGCUCGUCCACUCACUAAACUUACUAAGAAAGAGACUCCAUUUCAGUGGAUAGAUUUAUGUGAGCAGAGUUUCCACCAGUUAAAGAGGAGAUUGACCACAACUCCCAUUUUAGCUUUGCCCGAGGAGGGUGUUGAUUAUGACAUUUAUACCGAUUCUUCAUACAAUGGUCUUGGGGCAGUAUUGAUGCAAAAUGAGAAGGUGAUAGCCUAUGCCUCUAGAUAGCUAAAAGAUUAUGAACUGAGGUACCCUACACAUGAUUUAGAAUUAGCAACAGUUGUGUUUUCCUUAAAAAUCUGGCAUCAUUAUCUAAUGUUGUCAAGUAAUAUUUACACAGACCACAAGAGUUUAAAGUAUUUCUUCACUCACAAAGAGUUGAAUAUGAGGCAAAGAAGAUGGUUAGAGUUAGUCAAAGACUAUGACUGUGAAAUCAAGUACCAUCUAGGGAAAGCUAAUGUAGUAACAGAUGCUUUAAGCCAGAAAGUUCCUCUAUUCCAAAUCACAAUACAAAAAGAGUUGCAGCAAGAAAUCCUCAGGGAGAGAAUUGAGGUUGUAACUGGAGGAUGUGCUAGAUUGGAAAUCAAAUCUGCUUUAAUAGAGGAGAUCAAAGAAAAACAAGUAGUUGAUGAUUCAUGCAAGGAAAUCUACAAGCGAGUAAAUGAGGGCAAAGAGACAAAUUUUAGUGUAGUGAAUGUGAAGGAUACAACUACUUCAGAUCAGUUGGGUCAGAUUUAUGUAAAAGAAAUUGUGAGGUUGCAUGGUGUGCCUAAGACAAUAGUGUCAGACAGAGAUUCAAGAUUUGUUUUAGCCUUCUGGCAUGGGUUACAAAGUUAUCAGGCUACUAUCCAAAUGGCACUAUAUGAAGCUCUAUAUGGGAGAAAGUGCAUAUCACCUUUGUAUUGGGAUGAAAUAGGAAAGAAGGAGUCUUUGGUUCAAGCCUUAGGACCAGAGAUGACUCAAAAGAUGAUUGAAGAUAUCAGGUUAAUCAAAGAGAGAAUGAAACAAGCCCAAGAUCGCCAAAAGAGUUAUGCAAACUUGAAGAGAAAGGAAGUGGAAUUUCAAGUAGGGGACAAAGUUUUUGUUAAGAUUCCCCAUACAAACGUGUAA